AGUACAUAUAUCAAAUAAUGUAAAUAUUCCUUAUAUACCUAGAUACUCUCUAGAACAUUCCUUUGUAUCAUAUAUAUAGUUCUCCUAAAUGAAUAAGAUCUCUACGGAGUUUUACCCUAACUUACAUGGUAUCACACGCUAAACCCUAGCCACCAAACUAAAGCGAUCGAUCCACCUCCGCUCUCGUCUCUUUCUCUCUAAACACUUUCUCUCUCCUCUGUUCCUCUCUUCCUCUUUGAAUCUCUCUCAGCCAUGGCUCCUCCUUCCUCUUCCAACGAAAAACUCUACGGCAUCACACAGAUCAAGGCCUACAUACCAAUCUUGCUAGAUAUGGCCAACCUUUACUACAACCUGUGGCGUGAGCUCUUUGAGACCCACUGUGUGAGCUUUGGUGUCUUAGGCCACCUUGAUGGAUCCACCAAAUCAACUCCAGAGAUAGCAAAAGAAUGGAAGGAGCGAGAUGGCCAUGUCAAGAUGUGGAUUUACGGCACCAUCUCUGAAUCCAUCAUCGACACUGUUCUAAAAAAGAACUCCACUGCUCGUGAACUUUGGCUCGCCAUUGAAACUCUCUUUCUUGACAACAAGGAGGCGCGUGCUCUUCAGCUUGAAAACGAGUUACGUACGAUGGUGAUUGGUGACCUCUCUGUUCACGACUACUGCAAGAAGAUGAAGAAUCUAGCUGACCUACUUGCCAACAUCGACUUUCCCGUCACUGACCGUGCGCUUGUGAUGCAUAUGUUGAAUGGCUUGUCCGACAAGUUUGACUCCAUUAUCAACGUCAUCAAACACAAGUCACCAUUCCUAAGUUUCCUUGAGACACGAUCAAUGCUCCAGCUGGAAGAAGACCGCCUCUCCAAACAGAUCAAGCCAAGUGAUGUCCACCAUGACACGUCAUCUUCCUCCACCAUCCUCUACACGAUAUCUGAUGGCUCUCAACGUCCCUCUGGUCAAAAGUACAACUCUGGCCGUGGCAACAGAGGACGUAACCGUGGAGGAGGACGUAACAGAGGCAGAGGACGCUACAACAACAAUUGGUCUUACAACCAGUUUUCAUCUCCGUGGACUUACAACAACCAGUGGCAACAUCCACCGUUCUAUGCCCCUAUGCAGCCACCACAACAGCACACUGGAUACCCUACCUUCGGUCAAGGUCCAUUCCAGCCCACAAAUGCGGCUCAUCCUGGCAUACUCGGUCCACAUCCGUCUCAGCCCACUCACGCAGCACAUAUGGCUAAUGUGUACCCGUAUCCAACACCGUCAGCGCCCAUGUCACAACUUCCUCCUGGCCUCAUCCACGCGUUUAACACGAUGACCUUGCAGGAACCAGACCCCAAUUGGUACAUGGACUCUGCCGCAACAAGUCACAUUACCUCCAACAUAGGUAAUCUACAAUCUACUUUUAAUACUAGCACCAUGCCACUUGUUACCGUUGGUAACGGAUCCCUAGCCCCUGUUGAGACAAUUGGUCAUGGAUCUCAAAACCCGGAACAAACUCCUCCGAUGUGACAGCUCGGGACCCCUCUACUCCGUCACACCAUCUUCAUAUCCUUCUUCUCAUCACGCUCUUGCUGCUACAACAUCGGAUAGCUUUAUUUGG